AUGAAAAUUUACAGCAACGUAGUAAACAUUUAUAUGCAGGGCACCGGCAACGACGACCACACCAUCCAGAUGCCUCCAGACCAGGUCCAGGAGUCCGCUAGCAUGGACCAACGGACGCAGCAGCUCGCCCGGGACAUAUGCAAGAUCAGCGUCCCGACCUUGGUCAUCGCUAUUGGAACGGCCUUGUACAAGUCGGCGAGCGGUGUUCUUUUCCUCCACCACCCGCUCGCAUAUUACUGUGGCCUCGCCGCCAUUUUUGUCGCAGGAGUUGGAGAAACUCUUGCUGCAUAUUGGUUGGCGUGCUCGCGUGACGCCAAUGGGCGCCAUUUCACCAUCGGCAAGGCUGUUUGGUGGGCUUCCAUUGUGCCGCUGAUCUUCGUACUUGGCAUAGGAGGCUGCCAUGUCAUCGUUGGCUACUAA